AUGGCAGCGCGGGUGAUGAUGCGCCGGGCGGUGCAGCGGCGACAGCUGCUUCGCGUUCGGCAGCAGAGGCGGCAGUUAUUAGCCGCUGUAACAUCCAGCAACAUGCCACUCUCCCCUUUGGAGGGUCCCACCCGGUUUCAGUUUGCCCAUUGGGAGCCGUCCAGUUCUUUGGAAGUCGAGUUUCGCCGCCAGGGCGUACAGAAUGCCGCACAAAAGGCCACCAUUGUGCUCACCGCCUGCAAGGAUAUCAAGGAAGAACAUCUUGUUGAGCGCGCUGACAACAUUUUCGAGCUCCUCUCAAACGCACCCUUGUAUCUGUCCACCCAGCGAGUUGACGACAUGAUGACAAACAACCCCCAGGCUCUUUUGCCUGACUUUGACGUUGCUCAAGCAAGACGCUUUCUUCGCCUGGCUGGUCAAGCCGUCAGCGUUGCCGACCUCUCGACCCUUCUGGAUCGAUUUCCGUCGGCUCUUCAUACGCACGAGUCUUUUGAGCAGUGCCUCAACCUCUUACAGGAAUAUGGCCUCUCUGAAUUGGAAGCUUUCCGGGCCGUCAUCAUGGGCCCCCGCAAGCUGGCGUUUGCCCAGCGCAUCCGUCAUGGUUCAACUAUGCUCAGAUAUCGACUACAAACUUUACGCCAAUUCAUGGGCCCACAACAACUUGUAGAUCUUCUUACUCUCAGCCCCGAGGUUCUCCGGUACCCCGUGGGCUACACAUACAUCCGGUUAUUUUGCUUCCACCUUGCCAAUCGCCCGCUCUCGGCAAGUGAGACUGGCCACCUGCUGGCAUACAAUUCACCCUCGUGGGAAGCCCUGGGUGAGGACGUCAUCGAAGAGCUUCAGCAAGUCAUGCAACCGCUGAGCAUGCACCAUGAGACGCGCGAUACUCCCGACCUCUUGGAGGUGGAGCUGCUCAUUUCACACGCACUGGCCAACCGCAUCUGCGACCGCGUCAAGCAGCUGCCGAGUGAUCUUGUGCACGGCUUUGCCAAAAAGGAAGCCAACCAAGCGGCAGCAGAUGCCGCUGCUCAGGCCCUGGUACAUGCCAAUGCUGCCGCUGCCUCGCAGUCGGAUUACGACCUGGCAGAAGACGACUUUUUCUUUGUUGACGAAGUAUUUGACGACGAUGAGGAUGAGGACGAGGACGGGCAUGAGGCUGUUGAUGAAAAUGAAAAGCCUGGCUCGGCUGGUGGCAGCCCCGACAACCACUCGCACUUGGUUUCCUAUCAAGUCGGAACGGAGACCGCAGACACUAGCGAUUCGGCCAGGUUCAAGAACGAUGACUUCUGGGACUUUGAGGAAGAGAGCGUAUGA